AUGUUCGAGGCAAAUGUUAUCGUCUGGCCGUUUUUCAACACCGAAUCGGUUGAGGAUCGUCGAAAGUAUAUUAUAAAAGUAUUCCUGGAGUUUGCUGCAUUCGUCCUGAUUGGAUUUGUGCACUGGAUCCUCAUGUUGACGUUAUUGCAGGACUGGUUUUUUGACUUGGUCAAAGACCACACAUCCGCCUUGCUUUUGGCUUUUGUCGUGGGAAUUUUUCUCCUCCUAUUAUUUGCCAUUAGUAAGCCGCUGCGGAAAAUGUCCUGCGUCAACUGGUUGAUUACCCUUAUAAUCGUGGAAUGUCUUGUGGUUUCUCUCAGUGUGCUGGUAAUUUCUUCGGGAAUUCUUUAUAUGCUAGCCGGAUUCUUAAUCGUGGCCGUGGUAAUUGUGUUUUGCUGUUUAAUAGCUUAAUAGCUUAAUUAUGAUCUCACUGGAACCGGACUCUAUCUCUAUAUGCUGGCCACAGGCGCCUACAUGCUGAGCCUUUAUUCCCUGGUGAUAUAUGCAGUCCUCGAGGUGACUUGGGGAUUCUAUCUCUUCGCGACCUUUAUCGCUUGCCUCGUGAUAGUAUUCCUCAUGUAUCAUGUGCAGUGCAUAAUGGGCGGACGAAGGGCCUCGUCCAGUUUGUUCGAUGACAAGUUUGCUGCUCUGCUGCUGUUCCACGAAUUCGUAGGUCUCUUUGUGCUAACCCUCUACUGGCGACCCAUAAUGCAGCGCCUGCAGUUGAAACAAUAA